AUGGCCGUCACUGAGCUUAUUUUUCCUAGAGUCAAAACCGACCCGGGUUCACUUAAGGAGCUUGAAAGAGACUGGCCAAGGUUGAGCAAGGGAUUGAUCGACCCUAAUCCCGGCCUACUCUGCGCAUUCCGUGGAUGGAUUUUGACAGAAGAUGGAUUAGAUGUAAGAGAGGCCUACAGAGAGUUCCUCCUUUUUGAAUGGAAUUCCGUUGAUUCCUUUCAUGCUUUCAUCGGCUCGGAACAAUUUGCUGCUUUUGCUAGCUCAAUCAGGCAUUUGGUGACUGGACCGCCCACCUUGCAGCUGUUUGAAACAAAGUUCUCCCCGAGAGAUGCAGCCUCAUCGUCCCUAGUUGAGAUAGUUCGAGUCAGUGUCUCCAGCUCUGAGAAUGUUGAGCAAUGCCUUCAAGUGUGGGAGAAAGUAUCCCGCGAUCUAGCUCUAGCCGGUAAUGCAGAGAGCACGACUUCAGUCACCCAUGGCAAGAGUUCAAACCUUGAAAAGGACGUCGUUAUGGGUAUUAUAGGAUGGCAAAACAGGAAGGAACACCAGGACAUUUCCCAACAGAAGAUUUUGUCGGAAACGCUGGAGUCGCUCAAAUCGCUGGGGAAAGUGUCACAGAUAACAGUUGACAUCGAAGUAAUGGACUUGGGUGCAUUUUAA